AAGUGGGUGGAGGAGUUCCGGGGUAAAGGUGGCUGCCGCGCUUCUGGUAUCCUGAGCUUUGCGAGUUGAGUGCUGCUGCUCCGGGCUGGAGUUGCCGCACCGUCUCAGGGAUCAUGGUGUUCUACUUCACCAGCAGCAGCGUUAAUUCAUCUGCUUACACUGUUUACAUGGGAAAGGAUAAAUAUGAAAAUGAAGAUUUGAUAAAGUACGGCUGGCCUGAAGAUAUUUGGUUUCAUGUGGACAAACUCUCUUCGGCUCAUGUGUACCUUCGAUUACAUAAGGGAGAGAGCAUAGAAGACAUUCCAAAGGAAGUGCUGAUGGACUGUGCCCACCUCGUGAAGGCUAAUAGCAUUCAAGGCUGCAAGAUGAACAACGUUAAUGUGGUAUAUACGCCGUGGUCUAACCUGAAGAAAACAGCUGACAUGGAUGUGGGGCAGAUAGGCUUUCACAGGCAGAAGGAUGUAAAAAUUGUGACAGUGGAGAAGAAAGUAAAUGAGAUCCUGAACAGAUUAGAAAAGACCAAAAUAGAGCGAUUCCCAGACCUGGCAGCGGAGAAGGAAGGCAGAGAUCGUGAAGAGAGGAAUGAGAAGAAAGCCCAAAUUCAGGAAAUGAAAAGGAAAGAAAAAGAAGAAAUGAAGAAGAAGAAGGAAAUGGAUGAACUUAGGAGCUAUUCGUCACUAAUGAAAGUUGAAAAUAUGUCAUCAAAUCAGGACGGCAAUGAUUCAGAUGAAUUUAUGUGAAAGAAGAAAAGGACCUUUGAAAGAUGAGGAUAUGGAGACAGUUGGAGACCUUUUGAUUUCAUCUAUAUUCUAAAUUAUAAAAUCAACCCAAGUUCUACCUUCAUUCUACACAGAGAGUGUUGAUUUUGGAGUGUUAAAAAAAGAUUCCUUUUUUGCUGACGGAAAAAGAUUGGAUACAUAUAAAAUAGUUGAGCUUGACAGCAUAUAACUUAAGGAAAGCGAACAUACUUUUGCCAGAACAUGUCUCCGUAUCUCAUGAAAGCCGGCUGCCUUUGUUCUUGAGAUAGACGGUAGAAGAAACCAACUCUGAGAAGUAUGUCCGUGGCUAUGGUCUAUUCCUGAAAACAGAUGUCUUGAAAUGACUUUCAUAUUCUCAAAAUAUCUUUACUUAUGUUAAGAAGAAUGUGUUGGUGGGCAAUAUAUGCAAAUGUUCUCCCGUCCCUGAUUUCCUGAUGAGAAAAAAAGGUGUAUGGGUUGAAGGAUGAGAGCGAUAUUUUCAGAUGACUGGCUUCAAUAUUCACUGUUGCAUCCUGUUGCCUGAAUCUGUUAGGGUAGCGAUCCUCUGCUCCUAGCUUGUCUCAGCUUUCACGUUCUUGCUUUCUCCCACUGGGGGCCUCCAUCUUGGUAUCAUCAUAUUUAAAGGAAUUGUUUGGUGUUAAUCAAGGUUGAGCUUUAUGACAGUUGUUACCUGAGCACCAAGUAUCUAUAUAGCAACUUCGAGGCUUGAGAGUCAUUUCUCAGCACUGAGGGGGAGAGAGGAAGAAGUGCUCCAUCAGUCAUUUGGGAGAUAACAGGUUACCCAAUUCUGUCGAGAUACAGCAUGAAUCAGAAGUCCAGAUUGCAAUUAUGAUUUUAGAAAGAAUUAAGCCUUUCACUGGGCAGCCAAGUAAUUUCUUUCCCUUACUCCUGAAAUAGUAAUUAUUUUGAGUUGUGACCCCAGAGUUUAGAUUUCUCAUCAAUUCAGUAUCUUAUUGUAUAACAUUACUACUGUUCCUUGGAAUCACCUACUAGCCAGUGUGAUUUUUGAAUAGAAAAUGGAUAUUUAUUCUGCACAUCAGGCAACUCCUAUAGAAAGAGACAGAACAAGGAGAAAGACAAAGCCUAUAGGACAGGAGUCACAGAUUGAUAUUUUAACCUCACCCAGAACUCCGUGCCCAGCUUUCUUAUUCUUAAUUGUGUUCUAACUCAGCAAAAGUGGUCUCCUUCAGCAAAUAUUCUACCGGCAAUUGCACUUUAGAGCUUCAUGUAAAACCAAGACUAGUAUUUCCACGUAUUCCAAGUUGGUGUGUGGGGUUGAACUGGAAAAUUCCUUAAGGCAUAACUCAGUGGUCGAAUUUUGAGGGGAUCUGGAAGACAACUCCAGACAGUGAUUUUGUGUGUGUGUAUAAUAACGGGCAGCCUGAAGUUCUGUAGUUAAAAGUUACAAUAAAAAUUAUUUUUUAUCUGGAAGGACAUUGAUAAAUGAAAGGGCAGCUCCAUAGACAAGCUUGUUUUGAGGGCUAUCUUGCUGUAAGAAACCUCAUUUAUCAACAGAAUCUGACAGGUUCUGUUAGGGGUAUCAUCUUCCUCCACUGAUAAAUUCCUCUUUUCUCCAGUUCCCUCGGGCAGAAGUGCUCUUGAGGGACCAUGGCUGUGGGGACCCCUUAGCCUGCUGUUCUGCCUGGUGACCCUGAGCACUCUGGCAGGCACCUCACUUGGGAAGGUUGUGCUCUACAUUGCCAGACAUGAUGAUAAUUUUGGAAUAUAUAUUUUUACUGUAGUACGAGAGAUUCUGGGGUCCGAUUUGAAACAUUUCAUCACUCUCAGCUUACAGUGUUUUAAAAUGUCAAGACCUCUCUGCUGGGUUCUCUGUGCUGAAUUCCUAGCUCUUCAACCUUUUCAGCUGUUUCAUGCUGAUUUUUUCCCACCUCUGCCUAUGUUUUGGUACCGGGGAAAGUAUCAACUCUUUUUUUUUUUUUUUUUUUUUGAGGACAUAAAGGUUCGUUGCUGACAGGUCAAACUAUUGGCAUUGAAGUCAUCUCAUUUCUUGCCAUUGGCAUGUUUCCCAAAUGUUUGAAGGAAAAUUCCAAAUUGUUGCUGUUUUUAUGAAUUAUGUAUGCCCUUGAUCAAAUGUUUGCAUCCUGAGAGUUUCUCAGUGAAACUGAGUCACCUUGCCAGCCCUGUCUCUAGUGUUGUCAUCGUUUCAUUUAAUUUGUUUCACAAACUCUGCUCUGUCGUUGCACUCUGAUAGCUUUAGACUUCACAUUUCCCACCUAGCUUUGUCUGUCUAGGGCCACCAUCUCUGGGCAAGGGAAGUUUGUCACAGUGCUUGUGCUGGAACGGAUGUUGAGAAACUUACCAAGAUACCGAAGGUUAUUAGCAGGUGACAGGCUUUUAGUUUUGUUGUAUGAGCUAACGUAGAUUUCAGUGAGCCUUUUAAUUUCAGGACCGACACUCCCCACCCCCACCCCAGAGAUGGUGUGAGCCACACGCAGCAGAGUCGGGGGAGAGGUCAGCUGCAGCCUCCGGUUCUUUCUCCCACUGUUGCAUCUACCUGGGAGGAGAUUCCUGAGCUGGAACUGGUUAUGGGGGGAAACUGACCAGGGCAGCAAAAGGAAAAAUGGAACAAUUUUCCAAUUUCUCCUGAACAGUGAUAUUGAAGCCUUCUUUGAAGUACAGCAUGUGAAUAACAUUUCUAUGUUCAAAAUGAUCAUAUUAGAGUAGGCAACCUUUGAUUUUAAAGUAGACUAAAAGUAGACCAACUAUAAUCAAAGAGUGUGAAAUCAGAAACUUAAAAGUCCAAGCUAAAUUUCAGUCUCAACCCACUUGAGUCCAGUAUGUGGCAGCUCAGACUCAGGCGGGCACUGCUGUUGCCUGAGCCAAGUUCACAUUCAAGUUGCACUAAAUGAGAACUCUUCUCUGCAGGGCAGACGAGUCCAGCAUGGGCAAGAGAUUUGUAUGUGCAUUCUGUCAUUUCAAAAAUGAGACAAUGCCAAUCGUAGAUACAGCAUAUCUGGGAUGAACGAUCUGUAAAUUAUAAUAAAAGCUUAUAGUUUGAGUAGA